AGCCUUUUGCUCGAUCUCAGUCGUUUAUAUUGCAACGAAGUGGUAGCACCCACUUGGCAAUUGCUGGCGUGCGGUCCUUUCGGAGUUGUGGUGAUUCGGAUUUUGGCGUGUUUGAUGGUGGCAUCUUCUCGUGUUUUGUUCGAUGUGAUGAUUUUUGUGGUUACGAUAAUUUUCGAUAAUAAAAAAAAAGUCAAUUUCGAUUGCUUUUAAGCGGUAGUGUAGUGUUUAGGCGAGCUUGCUGGAAUCGGUAGUGAUUGUGGGGGUGUUUUUUUUCUUGUUGAACCGGUAUCAGGAAAAUCCGUCAAAAUUCCGCUGUACAGGGAUCACUCGUUGCACCUCUAUAAGCUCGUUUACAGAGCUAAUAGAAAGAGGAAAAUAAUGCAGGUCAUUCCAUACAACGAGAAAUUCUUCAUUGAGAAUUACUCGCAUGUUGACGACGAUGACGAGCUGUACCUGAAAUACGACUGGUCCUCGGAUACGAUGUCUAUUAAAAGUAACGCGAGUGAUUCGGCGCUCAGCACAGAUCCAGAUGGAAGCGGAGAACGCCUUUCGCUGGCGUACGAAAAACUAACGCAGAUUCCGCGCAAAAUUGCAGAAAAGUUCUCCCGGACGACGACCAUACUGGAUUUAAGCUACAACAAUCUGAAAGAUCUCUCCUUCCUCUCUUACUUCCGGCAGCUGAACACACUCAUCCUGGAUAAGAACCCCCAGCCGGACGAGAAGACCUUCCCGUCGCUGCCGAAUCUCGAGCUGCUGUGGAUAAAUCACUGUGAUAUCGCCAACGUCCAAAACUGGGUCCACCGGAUUCGGGACUGCUGUCCAUCGCUUCGGUAUCUAUCGCUGCUGGGCAACCCUGGUGCGACAUCGUCCUUCAACGGGAACUCUACCCUCGAGCACAACGACUACCGCAUGAUGGUGAUCAGUAUUCUGCCCCAGUUGCGCUACCUGGACGACGCCGAAGUGACCGAGGCUCAGCGGGUCCAAGCGAAGCAGUUCAGACACAACUUUAAUCUCAGCCAGACACCGUUCAAUAUCUUCGAAAGCAUCGGCCGAGCGGAGCAAAUGGGCAAGAAGGCGGCCCAGAAGAAAGCCUUAGCGACAAGGGGACAGGGCGGCGGUUCCGGCGACUCUUGAAGCGAUUGACUGUUGAUUUCGUUUUUUGUUUAUAUUCGAAUAGUAUGACCAAAGUUUUGUGUUUUUGCAAAAUUAGAAAUAAGCAAGGUUGUGUCCACGGUUUGUGGAAUAUAAUUGUGGUGAAUUUAUUGUAUUCAUAUCGUUUUAUACUAUGUAUUAAAUCGACUACACUGAGACCUCUUGGGACAAUGCAAUCGACGCAUGUCAGUAAAAUUUAUAA